UUAGAAGUUUUAGGGUUCUUAGGGCUGUUGGUCGCGAUGGGGAAGCGCAAGAGCGUGAGGAAUUGUCUGCGAAGUGCGGUAGGGCUGGAUCGGACGGACUGGGACUUGGAACAGGUUAGCGAGGAUGAGAUCUCGGCGAUGAAAGGGGCGACGCUCAAAGAAAUUCUCAGCGCGCUGGGGCUGCCAAAAUCUGGCAGCGGGCACGAGCUCCGGGCACGAGUUCUGGAAGCAAAACGAGCUUCUGCUACAAACGUGCAGGUGGGCGCGACGAAAUCUGUUGUGCUGGAGUCUGCUGUUGUGUCGAAUGUCCCUUCUAUUGCACCGAAGCAGUCGGAUUCUACCAGCUUGGCAGCGACGAAGAAAAAGAAGAAGUGGGCUGUGACCGAUCCGUUAGAGAUUCCGCCAAACUGUUACCACAAAGACGUGUUCCAGGCGUGCUUUCCACUCGUGGAGAUUGUCGAGGUUCCCAAAGGCCGGGAGUUUCCAGUGGCAGUGAACAAGUUUAGUGAACCAGUGCUAGACACAGAGGUGACCAGGGAAGCAAGAAGGAUGUGGACGAGGAGAUUCCUGAGCGUCAGUGAUGCAUACUCUGAGCCCCUCAACGAAAACCAGGCGUUCCCGCUGCACUUUUCGUUUCUGGAGCCUCUGAAAAAAUUCACGAGGCUGUCCCAGGCAGAGUUUACCAAGCACGUCCGUGUGUGUGGGAAGCGGUCACGGGAUCACGGGACAUCGGGCAUGCCGUCCAAGAGAGGCAAAGUUGAUGUAGAGGACAACGCCAGCUUAUCCAUCCAGAUGACGGUCGACCCUGUAAACGAGCUCAAUGAAAGUGGCUCCAACAACGCAGGCAUGGAGAUCACGCCAGAAGGGUCAGCAGAGAUGACUGGCGACUUGAGGGAAGAGGCGAAUGUAGCAACCGGAUUCGCAGAUGGUCUGAUACAUGUAUGCGAUGAGCGAGCAUUUGAGCGAGUCAAGAAAAUGGUGGCGACGGAAGAGAAAAGCGUGGAGGAGCUGUCAUCUAUGGAUCCCGACCGCAUUGUGGCGGUUCUCGAGAGGAAGUUUGUUGAAGACAAGCACAAGUUCAAUGCGAGAUACCAAGGUGGGUUUUACGCGGCCAAGCACUUACUGGUGAACCUGAAAAACGGACACGGGCUGCCUGUGUACGUGCUGGUGAUGACUUCUCACACUUGGUCUUACGGGAUUCUGGUGGCUGAGGGAUACGUGACUGUGGGAAGUGAUGGUAGAGUCACCAAGGAGUCGAUGAAGCUGUUCAAGGAGCACCAGGCCGUGACUGGGAAAUGUUGGCACAGCUUUGACAACCUGCAGUCGAUGCUGGCCAAGGGAACUGAGUUCUACAGGCGGUGCUAUGCUGAGAAGCCGGAUGCGAUCUACCCCCGAGGAGUGAUGCUGGUGGGAAAGUUCUACUUGUGCUCGGAGUGGUAUCGGCUGCCCAGCGUCACGCACUCGGGCACUGUUGCUGACGAUUCAUUGCGCUUGUUUGAUGGCCUGAUGAGGCUUGUGUUGGGUGACGUGGUGCUCGGACUGACAGCAGAAGAUUUGGCUGAGCGGCGGCGUGUGAGAAAGCAAAUGCUUGAUGAAAAAGAAAAGGUAUGCAUGCCUUACUAGCAUUUUAAAAGCCUUGUAAUCUUGUAGUCGACUGUCUUGAGUGGUGUCCUCGGUUGGGCAAGCAUUUGAUCCCUAAUACAGCCAGCACUUAGCAAGAAAUAGAAAGCUCCUCAACGAUGUAUUUGGGAUCCGUGUGCUGAUUCAAGAUGCAAAAAGUUUAAUAUACCCGACCCUCGUAAUUUUUGAA